CGUCUCGAGUUUAGUACCGCUGCCGUAGAGGCUUCACGUACGCGCAUAGGUUUCCGUGCGCGUUUGACAGCGACACCACCGCCGCCGCCGCCGCCGCCGCAGACGUAGCGCGCGCGCGCCCGAUUCGUUUUGUACCCUCCGAGAGCAGUUUUUUUUUCUUUCUCCCGUAUUAUCAUCGGCGCUUCUCCCGUCCCGCGUCGCCGCCGCUGCCGAGAAGGAUAUUUUUGAUUUUCGCGAGAUCCGUCGUCGUAUUUUCGGCGCGCGCGCGCGUAGUUAUCCGUGUUCGACAUAAUAAUACACAUUAUUAUCGUUAUUAUGUCGUAAACAAACAAUUGAUAUUAUGUAAAUCCGACGUCGUCGUCGUCGUUUUUUAUAUUAAUUCGAAAAUCGUAUUUCGGUCUCUCGGCCGACAGUCGCGGCUAUCAAUAAUUACGCGUAAUCAACGCGAUUGUUGUUGCCUGCCGCCCGCCGUACGUGCCAACCGUAUCGCCACCGCUACACGGAUCGUCGUCGUCGUCAAUCGGUAUGCCGUCGGUACGGGGUUGCUGCGACCGGACAGCGGCGGACCAACGUCUCGUCGUCAUCGGCGACGGCUGCCCGCCCGACCGACAACGAUCGUAGGUUCUUCGCGACGUCCACAUCGGAUUUGGAGAGAUGAAAAAUUGCGGACAGACAUACCCUAAAAUAAACCCAUUGAUGAAUCCGCACGACAACAUGGACCUAGUCAACUGCCAUUCCAAUAUCUCAGUCAAUGUUAAUAACAACAAUAACCAAACUACAGUUAAAAAAUUGCCAAAGAAACGAAAAUUUGAUUUAUCUCAACUUGAAGAAUGUGAUCCUGUGUCUGAUCCACUUUUACCUGUUCAAAAACAAUGCAACACCAGUUGUGUAGCCAGUGUUGUCGUUGUACCACCUCAGUCUAUGGCUGUUGAUUAUUCUAGACUUGAUGGAUUUGACCGACCUAACUAUGCUGAUGUGCCAGUAAUUGUUGAAGAUCAUUCUGAACAAAAUGAGGAGGCUACAUAUACAAAUGGACAUGAUGAAACACCAAGACUUGGUGUUGACUUACAAGAAUGGACUGAUCAUAGAGUAUUGGCUAAAAAAGAUGGCGUUUAUUUGCCAGGUCUCAUUAGACAAGCAACAUCAAAUGGUGAUGUAUGGAUAGAAUUUGACUAUUCAGAUGAAGGACAACGAUAUGUUUCAUUUAAAGACGUUAUAAAUGCUAGCAAAUAUGAUGUUAUCAGUGAUGCCAGUCCAUCUUUAAGUCAAGUUAAUAUUGGUGCAAGGGUAUGUGUUCGAAUUGCUGGUUCUCAACCAGACGAAGGACAUUUGGCUCCACGAGUAUUUAUUGAAGGUGUUGUACAAAAAAUAAUUACUAGCCCUGUAAGAUUUGUUGUAAGUGUUGUAUCUGGUAACAAUGAAGAAUAUGUGGUGAAAAGAGCAGAUCUUCGCUUACUGUUACCACCAUGGUGGGAUGAACUUGAACAUGAUGUACCCAAUGGUCAUAUUCCAUUAAUACGAGAACCUACACCACCUAUCACUAAUGAGCCAGCCAAUUAUUAUCAAACUUCAGUAUCUUCUCCUUUACAACCUAUAAAUAAUCGCCAUUUUGAUGAUUUCUGUGAAAGUGAUGAUGAUCUCCGGCGAGAAGACAUAUUAUUUAUGUCAGAUGCUGAUGCUGGUAAAUUAUCAGGAAGUAGUAAAAGGAGUAGUAUGCAAAGCAGAGGUAGUACAUGUAGUAUAUUAGAUCAUGGAGGUAGCACCACACCUAGAUCUACUCCAGUUACCCCAAGAUCUCAGAUCACAUCCCCUCAUAAGUAUAAGAAAGGAGAUAUUGUAACAACACCAAGUGGAAUAAGAAAAAAGUUUAAUGGAAAACAAUGGCGACGAUUAUGUUCAAAAGAAGGUUGCUCAAAAGAGUCCCAAAGAAGAGGAUACUGUUCUCGACACUUAAGUUUAAAAGGCAGUAGUUUAAGAUCUUGUGCUUCAAGUAGUACGAGUUUUACACGAGGAAAUCGAAGUACCAUAGAUGGAGAUGAGACUUCACGGGAAUCUCAAACUUCUCCUAGUUUUUCUGAACGACGAUUGGCUGGCCGCUUUGACCCAGAUGAAACGGAAGCUGCCAACAUGCUUGGUAUACAACUUUCAUUAGGAAGUUCAAGAUCUGGAACGCCAUUAUAUUCUUCCCCUUGUCCAUUAGGUGGUAAUAAUAACACACAAUCACCACUUACAGUUGGAUCCCGUCAAAAUAUGUUCCUACCCAUUAUUUUGCCAGCAAAUCAAAAUUAUCCUUCCACAACACCUACUGGACUAGCUACUCCACCUGCCAUAAACAAUAAUUCUACUAACCAAUUUAGGCAGCAACAACAACUCGUAAAGCCAGAAUUGUUGAGACCAAAAACACAACAUGGCUUACAUGAGUCAAUGCCAACUUCAAGUCAAACUAGUGUUAUCAGAAUUUCACCUCAUACCAUACAACCUAAAUCGAGUAUUGUGAAUUCUCAAUCACAAAUAUGUUGGAGAGGAAUCUUAUCUUCACCUCAACAACAAACUAAACACACAAAUCAACCUGCAACUCAGUGGCAAGUAGAAAGACAUCCAAGUGUUGUAGUUUCAUCUCAACAACAUGGUCAUAUAUUAGAAAAAGCAUUAACCACCGUUGAAAUGAAUACAGCUAGUGAUGCAUACGGUCGAAUUUGUGAAAACAAUGAAGUUUAUAAUAGAGACAAUAAUAAUAUUGUUUUUCAAGAAUCUGUGAUAAAGAAAGAACCUGCUGUCAAUAAUGUUUCGUUUACACAACAUUUAUUACAUACUACUGGAUAUCAUCAACAAAGAGUUCAAAACAUUCCAAACGUAAUCACAACACCUUCUGUAGUAACAAAACAUAAUUACACCACUCUUCAGAAUGAAUAUCAGGAUUAUCAAAAUAAAAACUCAGUACUUCAACAAGUAAUUGUUCAUCCUACUGAAUUAUUACCUGUAUUACCCAUUGUGGAUGAAAGAAAAGAAGAUCCACCUGAACCUAACCCCACAUUGACAAACAAUGAAAAUGGAAAUUUAACUGUUUAUUCUUGGGAUACAUUAUUGCCAAUACUAAAUUCAGAAGAAGUAGUCCAACCGAAUAUUACUUCAAUACCAAAAUCUCUAUCUCCCCCCUUAUCAGCUCCACCUAUUUUAACUCCACCACCAGCUGAGUCUCCUGAUGUUGACGAUGAUGAUGUGUUUGAGCAAGAACCUUGUGACACUGAUGAUCAAAAUCCUAAUACUGCAGCUGGCAAACGUAGAACCCAAUCUCUUAGUGCUUUACAAAACACUAAAGAACCACAAAGUCCACUAACAAAAGCUAAAGAUCGUAUACGACGACCUAUGAAUGCAUUUAUGAUAUUUAGUAAAAGACAUAGAGCUUUGGUUCAUCAACGACACCCAAAUCAAGAUAAUAGAACAGUAUCAAAGAUUCUUGGAGAAUGGUGGUAUGCAUUAGAUCCAGAUCAAAAACAAAAGUAUCAUGAAUUAGCUUCUGAAGUUAAAGAAGCACAUUUUAAAGCACAUCCAGAGUGGAAGUGGUGUAGCAAAGAUAGAAGAAAGUCAAGUGGUAGCGGUCGAUCUAAGUUAGGAUCUACUGAUGAACAUACUCCAUUAGAUCAUGAUCCUAUGGUUGAAGUAACUAUAGAAAUGGCUGAUGAACAAAAAGUUCAAGAAAAAAAAGACGCUGAUGUUGAAAUGAAAAAUGAUUCAGAAGAUGAACAAAUGGUUGUUGUUGAAAGUUCUGAAAUUGAUUUAAAAUGUAAAGAAAAAGUAACAGAUUCUGAUACUGAAUCUCAAAGUGAUGCUGAACCAUUACAUGACAAUAAAACAUUUCCUCAACAACGGUUUAGUCCUGUUAAAUCAACUAGUUCAAGUGAAGUGACUUGUCGACCAAAACCUAUAAAAGCUAGAUUGGUAUCUACAGGAUCAUCAGAUUCAAAGUAUCAACCAAAAACAGUUAAUUCAAGAGAACCAACUACUCCAAUUGUGUAUCCAUAUCAUUCCCCUAUUAAUCCUGUAGGAGUUUCUCCUUUUCAACCUACUGGUGGUGCAUUCAAGUUAAUGCCAGCUUCACCAAAAAUCAAAAAUCCUUCUGAUCAAUUUCCUCAACAAACAACUGAAUCUACUGCAUGGACAUCGUCUGGAUCCGAAACUUGGAAUCAAACAAAAUUGAUAAAUACGAAUGCUUGGGCAGCAUCAACUGCUGAAUGGAACAAUAAUAAACCAACUACUACAACAACUGUUAACUCAAAAAUUGUUGUAACACCCUUAUCACAACAGAAUAUAUUUCAUUAUACAUCUUCACCAAACAAAGAAACUGAACAAAAACCUACAUGUUCUGUUAGACAAGUAAUAGGCGGUCGACCUGUAUUGAUACAAACUGCUGCUAAACAGUCAUCAGGGUUUCAACAACAAUCAGUAACAUUGGCAUUUUUGAAUUCUGGUGACUCAUCUACUUCUUUAGUUACUAAUUUAUUAGUAGCCAAAGGUAAUGAUAAUGGGAAUCCAUCAACAAGAAAUAAUGAAACAACCACUGUACAAUAUUUGAUACCCAGUCGAUUACCAAACAUAUAUUUGCCACAACAAACAUUUACAAAUACAUCAUUGAAUCAACCACAGCCUGUGAAAACAACACAAGCUUCUACUGUUAUUGUCAGUACUCAAAAUAAUCCAUUAGUCAUUAAUACAAAUGAAACUGGGACUACCAUAAAGAAUACCAAUACCACAGAAAAACGAGAUCCAGAUAUUGUAAUAAGAGCUGAUAAUGAUGAAAAUCUAAUGUCUUUUGAGAAGUCACAGUAUGCAGAUUCUAAAGAAAAUAGUUCACCAAUAAUAUUUGAUUUUAAAGAUGACAAUUCUAAGGAGGAAACAUCAAAAAAUGAAAUAGAAGAAAAACCAUUUGUUCUUGCUCCCACUCCAGCACAAUUAGGCAAAGCUCCUUUACAAAGAAGACAAUCUAUGGUAUCUUCAAGUCAAGAUUCGUUGCCAAAUUCAUUACCUGAUAAAGAUUCUGAUUUGGUAGAAGAUGCAACUGAUGAAAUUCCAGUGUCACCAUCAGCUAAGCGAAGCUUUUUCAAAAAAAAUAUUGAAGACGGUAUGGACCGUGUUUUAGAACAAGUUAACUUUGAAAUGAAGUUUUCCUCGUUACCACAAUUCAAACCAGAUGAAUGUAAUUCACCAAGUGCAAUAUCAGUACCGUCCAGUCCCCAUGUAUUCAAUGCUCAAACAUUCCGCAAAAAGCAAUUACCUGAUUGUGACACUCAGGCGGAAACUCCUAAAUCAUCUGGGAAACUUGUUGGAAAUACAUUCUUUGGUCCAGAUUUUAAUCCAGAAGCAUAUAGAGGAGUAUUAGAACAAGAAGAUACAGUGGCAGCUUCACCCAGGACACCUAAAACACCUAGUGGGCGAAAUGAUAGUUCUGCUGCAGAAAAGGGACACCGAAAAAUGUUGGAGCAAAGAAGACAAUUAGUUAUGACUCUAUUUCAAGAACAAGGCAUGUUUCCUUCUACUCAAUCAACUUCAGUAUUUCAGGCUAACCACUCAGAUAUUUUCCCUAAUAAAUCAUCGUUGCAACUCAAAAUACGAGAGGUGCGUCAAAAGCUUAUGGCACACAAUACAUUGACUCCAAGUAGUGCAAGUGCUUUAAAUAGCCCUAGUGAAUCUUCUACGACCAAUACUCCAAGUAAGAAUUUACGUUUCCACAAGGAGCUCUUGUACUAGACUGAAUUUCAACAAAAAUAUCUAGAACAGUAACUACUAAUGAGAUUCUUCGACAUUGCCACCUUCUCAACAGACUCAUAGUGUUAUGACAUCCAGCUAACAACAUUAAAUCAUAAUUCUUUAAACCUCAAAGAUAUAUUCUGUUACAAGUAAUAUUAAGUAACUGGAUCAUGACUAAUAUUAUAAUAGAUAUUACUAUAUCUAUAAAUCACCAUCAUUUAUAGAUUAUUUUUAUAACCAAAAUUUUUAUUUUUACUUCAUUUUGUACAAUAAUGUUAUUGUUUUAAGAAGUUGAAUAAAAAAUGAAUGAACAUGUUUAAAGGUUUUUUUACCAAUACAUAGACUGAGGUUAAGGACACUAAUUUAUAAAUGUUAAUAAAUAGCACUUGCUUGACACUUGUUAUAGCACUGACAUUUAAUAAUUCUUACCUCAACUGUUUUAUUAUUAUUAUAGUUGUGUAACAUAACAUGUAUAUUAAUUAAUUAUAAUAAUAAUAUCGAUCUCUAAACUCAAUAGACAAAUCCACCACCUUAAAAGUCUUUCAACUUAUUGUAAUUGCUUUUAAUGUAGUUCACAGCUGUUGUUUUCAUUAUAAUAUAUAAUUAUUAUGUAUAUUAUUUUUUACUUAGUGUAUACUUAAAUUGCUUAAUUAUUAAUUAUAUUUGUGCCAUAGAUAUGUGUGGUUAUUCAUUUUUAAUUAAUUAUUCAGGACACUUCAAUUCCAUUUAAUCGUAUGCAUAUUUUAAGUACAAUUAACAGAUAUAUGUUUAAGUUUGAAAUUUUAUUUUUACUCAUUACAUUUUAUUAUAAAAUGUUCAAUGGUAACAUUUUGUGUAAGUUAUUUUUAAUGUUUAUAAUGACUUAUAACUUAUAAUUACAACCAUUCAAUACAAAUUAUAUAUUCAAAAGUUGUACUAUAUUUACUUAAAAAUUGUUUAAUUUGUUUUCAAUGUGUUGUGAAAAUUGAAACUUUAAAUUUAACAUCUUAUAUUUAUAUAAACAACUUUUAUAAUUCUGUAAUUAAUCAAUGAAGUUUUAAAUUCAUUGUUGUUCUGUGUUUGUGUUCAUAAAUUUAAAUAUUAUAUUCUGUAUCUCUUGGAUGCAAGAUAUAUACAAUUUAUUUAAUGAUAACGAAAAAAAACUCAAAAAUUGUUUGGCUAAAAAAGAAAAUUAUAUUUUUAUAGACAAAAUUUGAUCAAAUAAGCAGUUACUUUAUUUAAAAAAUAUAAGUGCCAUUAUUAAAAAAAAAACUUGAAAUAUAAUCAAUUUGUUUUAAAUGCGGGUCUGCUCAACAAAAUAUGCAUUUGUUUUUAAUUUUCACUAAUUUUGUGCAUUAGUACAAUAAAUUAAGCCAAUUUUUAUUUUUAUUUUUAAGUACAAAAACAGUUUUAUUAGUUGUUUAGAAAAGAAAAUUGUAUUGUAUACUUAUAUACUGUGUUAAAUUAUUUAUAAAUUAUUUUAAGUUGUAAGUAUAAAUAGUCUAUGUUGCAGGUUAGUCCAUUUAAUGUUUAAUAUCUCAUUAACAAAAAAUUACUGAUAAAUUAAUUACACACUUAAAUAUGUAUAUUGUGUCAUACGAUUGACAAGUUGAAAUAAAAUUAAUCCAGUCAAUUUAGUGUUCCACUAUGUAUUCAAACAUUAUAUAUUGUUUUAUUAUAUUGACGAGUGUAAAUACGAAUUUGAUGUAAUUGUUAACAAUUUGUAUAACUCUAUAAUCAUAUUGUUUAUUAAUGUAUCUGUUUAUAAAUAUUAAUUAUGCUAAAAAUUCUGGACGGCACAGAGGUAUAAAAUUCUUUAUUCAAAAUUCACAUAUUUAUUCCUUAUUAAUCUAAUAUUUUUCAUUUUAAAUUGCAUUAUUAGUUAAACAUUGCACCAACCGUCCUCAGAAUUUUUCAGUUUUGAUUAAAAUAUAUGUGUUUACCUUUAUUGCUUGUCAUGUUUAAUGCUUUCAUCAAAAUCUAAAUUAAAAUAUAGAAAUUUGUGUAUAUUUUAGUUCAUAGAACAGUGGGUAAACAUUUUUAAUUAAGGGGACCACCUGUUGUAUGUGACAAUUGAAAUUACCUAAUGUAUUGUGAAAUUGUGUUGUUAAAUAUUAACCCAUGCUAUAUGAUUAGAACUAAAUCAACUUUUUGUUAAAUCUUUUAUUUAUUUUAACGUUAUAUAUUAUUAUAUCGAUGUCUGAUUUUUUUAUUAUUAUUAUUAUUAUUAUUAUUUGUCUUCAUAUAAUGAAAUUGACUGUUUCUAUUAUUAUUAGUUCUUUUUUACGUUACUAGUUAUUAUUUUUAAUUACAAUAUUAAUAUUAUAUAUUUUUAAACAAAACAAAUAUUACUAUAAGUUGUUGUUAGUCGAAAAAAUUUUAUAGUUUUAAUUUAUCGAUUAUUAUAUUGAUAUAAUUAUGAAAUUACUAAUUAAAAGUAAUAUUAUUAUUAUAUAAUGUUGUGUGUAAUUUAUACAACUCAAUUUAUAAGAAAGUCUGUUUUUUACCUCACUAGCGGCAAAAAUUGUUGUUGAUAGACAACAAAAUUUCAGUUGUACCGCUAACAUAUUUUGUUUACUAAGUACCUUAGGACGGAGGGUGAGGGCUUGAUAUGAUUUUGUGGUAUUCUAUUACAAAUCCUUAUUUUACAUCAAUAAAAAUAAUUUUUAUAACUGUG